CAUCACCACAACAUCAAUAUACCCUAUCCAUUUACGAUAACUUUUUAUUUAUUUGACUUUCACCUCGCAAAUUGAAGCAAGAUGUUCUACAGCGACGUCAUCUUGUCAAAACGCGGUCCUUUGGCUAAGGUAUGGCUUGCUGCUCAUGCUGAGCGAAAGUUGACAAAAUCACAACUAUUACAAACGGAUAUCGAACAGACAGUUUCUUCUAUAAUUGGUCCUGAUGUGGUUCCUAUGGCACUACGUCUAUCCGGUCAAUUGUUGUUGGGUGUCGUUCGCAUAUAUUCAAGAAAGACAAAGUAUCUAUUAGAAGAUUGCAACGAUGCUGUUAGCAAGCUGAAAACUGCUUUCCGAAGCGGUGCAAUCGAUUUCACAGCAGAUUCAGCUGCUGCCGCUGCCGCUGCUGGAGAUGUCCAAGGACAACAACAUAACAACGUCACACUUCCAAAUACACGAACAGCAUACGAUUUAGCUUUACCCGAUCCAGCUUUGGAAGGAUGGGAUGCAGAAAGUUCUGUGGGAGGAGAUUUGUCAAGUAGAAGAUCGAUUGCACGUUCUGAUCGGUAUACCGCCAGACCGGAAGAUAUCACGCUUCGAAGAUAUUUCGACCCUGCUGGUUCGGGAAGUGCAAGGAAUAGCGAUUCUUUCGGUUGGGCGUCAGGUGAAUUCUUUGAUCCCGACGCUUCCAAUGGAGAAUUUCAUUCACCACGUCCUGACGUAUUGCAAAGACGUGAUUCACAGGGCAGACUGAUUGAUGAAAAUGGAGACUUGAUUUUGGAAGGAGAUGACGAUGCUUCCAGUAUUGGUAUUGGACGUGACGCACAAAUGCAAAUGGGAGGUGCUAGACCAAGCUUGACAGCAGGAGAUUUGACAGGAUUCGAUAGUCUAGGCAUGGAUGAUUUCAUGAUGGCAGACGAUCUUGCCGGUGGUAUCUCUGGAGCAGGAGAAGGUGGUUUGGAUUUGGGAUUGGAAGAAUUUGACGCUCAGAGACGAUCAAUGACACCAGUACGCGACACACGUUCAUCUUCGGUCAGAUUGGAGAAUCUAUCACCAAGAACGACGCUCAGAGUACAACAAGCUGCUGAAAAACGAGCACAAGCAGCACAGAGGAAGCGCAAACAGAUCAUCGAUUCUCGAACUCAAUUGGAUGAUUCCACGCAAAGACGUCAAAUAACGCAAGGAACAGCUGGAAUCGUUUUGGCAGAACCAAGCUUUUUGCCAGCCAAACGCAGUCAUUUACACCUUUUGGAAUUGCAAGCCGAUCCUAUAAAAGGCGUUUUACCGUUCUCACAAGCAGACAAUGCAAGGCAGAUUUUUCACUCUGCUCGUACGUUAGCUCCUGAAUUGAGUAAGCUGUUCACAGUUGAUGCUUCAGCUUUGCUACGAAGACGGACUGAGUUGAUUGAGGAUGUUGCACAAGCACCCGCAAGGCCACAAAAGCGCAUUCGUGCCGAAGGAGAAGAAGAAGAGCAAGAAGAUGACUUUGCCAGUGAGAUCGGAAGACGUGCUGUUGAUACGCAAAUGCAACUUGGAGCGGGAGCAGAUUUAACAUUCGAAUCAAUGGACGAUUAUGAUCCAUUUGCCAAUCAACCAGAAGGUGAGAUUAGUCUAGGCCCAGGAGGUUUCGAUCUGGGAGAAGACCCUGUUGAACAAACUCAAACCGGAUUGAGAAGAUCGCAACGUAAGCGGCCAACGAACGUCCAAGAGGACCUGGAGGCAGAAGAAGAAAGAAGGAGACGGACAGCAUUCCAACAGGAGGGUGAUCUUGGCAGACUUGGAACGCCAGAAGAAGGUUCUAUAGUUGGCUCUUCCUAUGAAGAUGUUUCACCUACACCUUCUUAUCCUCUCCGUGCAUUUGAUGCACCUGCUGCCGGUGACGUAACUGCAGCUUCUUCCGCAUCAGCUGUGGGUAUGAGCAGAAACACGUUACGAGCAAUCAAGGUGUUGAAAACGCAGCUAUCACCUGAAGAUGAAGAAGAGGGUGAAAUGCAAUUCAGUGAAGUGACAAAGAAUGCUUCUCGUCGAGCUGCUUCUGCUUUCUUCUUUGAAAUUCUUGCUUUGGGUACAAAAGAUUGCCUGCGUGUAGAUCAAGAAGACCCUUUUGGUGAAAUUAAGAUUAAAGCCAAACCUGGCUUAUGGUCAAUGCAACGAUCUGGAAGCGUUGCUGUUUGAUUCUAUCCCCUCUUCUUUUGGAAGGUUGAUCUUGUUCUUUUAUCUGUAUUUAUCUUUUCAUGCUUUGCAAAUAUGCUA